UCCCCGCCGCGGUUUCUCGGGUCCGCCACAUUUCAUGCUGUCCCGGAGCCUCUGGCAGGGAGACAUGAUCUGGGCCAUGGGGCUCUCUCUUGUCUGGCCGUUUCCAGCCGGCGCUGCCUUUUUUGUGCUCCUGGGUACAGUCGCCGGAUCCCACAGGCUUUCUUACAACACUACGGUGCUGUCCUGGGAUGGCUUUGUGCAGGCCAGAUUUUUUGCUGAGGGAUACCUGGAUGGUCAGGCCUUCCUGCACUUUGAUGACACGAAGUGGAGGGCAGAGCCCCAGGGACAGUGGGCUGAAAGGCUGGGAGCAGAGAUGUGGGAGACAGAGUCCAAGGACUUGAACGAGGCCUGGAAGGAGCUCAGGAAACUUCUAGCAGAAAUCCUGUCCCUGCAGGAGGAGAAAAGAGGCUUACAUUCCCUCCAGGAGACCGUGGGCUGUGAGAUCCGUGAAGACAGCCAACCCCGGGGCUUCCGGCUUCUCCACUUUGAUGGGGAGCUCCUCCUCUCCUGUUACCCGGAGCCCCACGGAUGUACCUUGCCCCAGUCCUCGGCUCGGACCUUGGCCAUGGACAUGGAGAAGUUCUGGGACACAGACGGCUUUCUAAGCAAGGAUUACAAGGCCCACGUGCAGGGAGAACUUUGUGGAAGACUGCGGGGCUACCUGGAAUCCUGGACGGGCUUCAUGGAGAGGACAGUGCCGCCAGCUGUGAAUGUGACCCGCAGCCAGGACUCGGAGGGCAUGGUCCACCUCACAUGCAGGGCUUUUGGCUUCUUUCCCCGGAAUAUCUCAGUGGCCUGGUUUCGGGACGAGGAACCCAUGAGCCGGGACACCCUGGAGUCUGGGGGUAUCCUGCCUGAUGGGAACGGGACCUACUACACCUGGGAAACCAUAACAGUUCCCCAAGGAGAGGAGCAGCGGGUCAAGUGCCUUGUGGAACACAGCGGGAAUCACAGUACACACCUCGCACCCUUGGGAAAGACCCUGGUGCACCAGAGAUCAGCGUGGACUGUGAGCACUGCUCAUGCUCUUGUUGUUACUCUUGCUGUUGUUGCUAUCAUCGGAUUUUGUGUCUGUUGUUAUAUUGAGAAGAGGAAGACAGUGUGAGCUACAGGGAGGCCAGAGCCUAUUAGCCUACAAGACCUGGAUCAAUUCCAGAUGGAGCCAAGUGAUCACAAUGGCCUCAUACACCCAGAAUUUCAGUCCUCGUGUCAGACUCAGCUCCUCAGUCUAACAGGGGAAGCUUAGAAUUUGCAGCCAGGAGGCCUGAAUUCAGUUCCUAGUUCUGGUCUUAAUAGCACUUUUUAUGUGUGUUAUUUAUUUUAUUAUUUUAAAAUUAUUUAUAUUUUAUAUUUUAUUUGUAACUGGAGAAUACUUGCAUUAUAAUGUAUCAGUUUCUGCCACACAGCACUGUGAAUCAGCCCUAAGUCUACAUGUAUCUCCUCCCUCUGCAACUUCCCUCCCACCCUCCCCACCCCACCCCUCUAGGUCGCUGAGCACCAGGCUGAGUACCUAGUCAGGUCCUGUUCCCUCCCUGCUGGUGCACACGAUGCACAGUAAGCUAAUGGGAAUAGAGAACUCAUUCCAUGUCUGUUUAUCCCAGUAGCUUUUUACACUCAGUGACGUGUAUGUUUCAAUGCUACUCUCAAUUCAUCCCACCCUCUCCUUCCCUCACAAGUCCAUUCUCCAUGUCUGUGUCUCUAUUCCUGCUCUGUAGAUAGUUCAUCAGUACCAUUUUUCUAGAUUCCAUAUAGAUGCAUUUUUUGUUUUAUUAUUAUUAUUUUUGAAGGUAGUUGAUUUACAGUAGAACACAUUCCUUCUGAGGUCUCCAUUUCUUCAUCUAUGAAAUGAGAAAACUAGUGUUUCUUUUCAGUUAUGGUUGGGAUGAUUAAAACUGAUAAUAUAUUUGAGAUAGUUACAGCUGCACCACACUCGUAACAAAUAUUAAUUUUGCUUUUUAUAUUAUAAUAGAGCAUAUGGACAGCAAAUUAUUACCAAUAA